AUGGAGACUUGGGAGAAACCAUCUUCCAGACGUCACCACCGUAACCCUUCCUUCUCCUCCUCUCUCCUCGACCAAAUCUACCGCUCCAUCGACGACUCUUCCCCUCCCCAAGAACCCACAAGAAAGAAGAAACUCCUCCACCAAGAUCUUGACUCUUCUCCAAAUGACAAACUACUCUUUCACCGCCGCUCAAUAACCACUGACUUCGCAAGAACAAGGCGAACCACCACCACCUCCUCUGACUCAAGCGUUGACUCCUCCAAAUCCUCUGCCUCUCCUCCGCAGCCGAAACCAAUCCGUACCUCCACCGAGAGACCUAACAGCAAACAAGAACUUGGUGGCUUCUUGAGAACCAAGUCAAAAGCGUUAAAGAUCUACACCGACUUGAAAAAGGUGAAACAACCCAUCUCACCAGGAGGACGCCUCGCUACUUUCCUUAACUCCCUCUUCACAAACGCAUCAACUAAUCAUAAGAAGUCCAAGAAAAACAACACUUCAAUCUCUGUCUUGUCGGAAACACACUCCUCCACGUGCUCCUCAGCGUCUUCUUUCUCUAGGUCUUGCCUCAGCAAAACUCCCUCCUCCUCUAGUGGAAAAUCUAAAAGAUCCGUACGGUUCUGUCCUGUGAAUGUGAUACUCGACGAAGACUCCUCUAACAACUACAACGAGGCCAAACGUUAUCGCCACGUUAUGGAGGAGGAGGAGGAGGAGAAUAGGCGCGUUAUCGAAGUGGCCAAGGAUCUUAUUAGAACUUAUCAGAAGAAUAAGGAUCUUUUGGCCGUGACAACAUGUGACAACGUUGAAGAUGAUGAUGAUGAUGAUGCGGCGAGUUACGCUAGCUCUGAUCUGUUCGAGUUGGAGAAUCUUUCGGCGAUUGGGAUCGAGAGGUAUCAAGAAGAGUUACCAGUGUACGAGACCACUCGUUUAGAUAACUCGAAUCGAGCCCAUUGCUACAAUAAUUGUAUAAUAUAAUGUUUUAGUCAAGUGGUUGGGGGUGAUUAGUGUAAAACCGUUCUCUCUUAUAUUAGUAACUUUUGUGUAACAAUAUAUAUAUAUGUUAAUCUUGGUAUAUUUUGGUUAUAUAUAACUAUGCAGCUUAAUUAGCUAUCUGAUUAUUGUGAAGUUUUAACUAAUCUUUUUUAUUGCACGUAUGAAGUUAUGUUGCUGUUACAAGUUUUAUC